UUAAAUAUUUCCAAGCGCAAGUAGAAGAAAAACCCACCUCAGAUCUCUCCAUUUCUAUGACAUCAGCAGAAAUGGAGGCAUCUGACUAUAGUCUUCUUCUCUAAUUUUCCCAAAUAAAUACAGCCAAAAGCCAUAAAACCUUCAAUCGCAAAACAACCACUUGAAGAGUUGAAGAGACUGGUUUUCCCCGCUGUUUCUGAUGUGUACGAAAUGUAGAGGGCAAGCAUUUAAUACUCUCUCUCUCUCUCUCUCUCUCUCUCUCUCUCUUGAUUUUACCAGCUAAGACAGGGUUUCGUGCAUGACUGGCUGGUUUUGAAUAUUCCCAGUCGGCUAAUCCAGAGCAAUUGAACCACUUGGUAUGUUCUUCAUCGCCUUUAUUUCUUCUUUCCUCCGAUUCUACACUGGUUUUUAUCCAAAGCUUUGUGGCCCCCCUUUUUGUUUCGGUUUCAAGUUUUGGAUUACUGGGCAAUGAUGAUAAUUUCUUGUCGAUUUGAAAAGUACCCUUUCGCCUUUAGCCCUUUACAUUGCAAUUCAUGUGCUUUCUUCUUCUCUUGUCACAAUUAAGCUACUUUUAAUUUCUUUCUUCAUUUCCCCCCCUCAAAGAUUUGGUCUUUUUCCUUGUUCUCUUGUUUUCAACCUUUCAUAUCUCCACGCUUUUGAAAUUUUGGGUUCCUAGUACUUGGUUCUGCAUUCCAAAUCUGGACUUUCCUUUCUGAAUCUCUUUCUGAGUGGAUUGUUUUGUGACCACUGAUCAAUUUACCAAUACUCCUCUGGUUCUUGAUUUGAUAUACCUAAGUUCUGAACCGAAUUUUGCUUCUUGCUCUGGUAAUGGGUUCAAGGGGGUUCUUGGUUUCAAUGUUCAUGUGCUUAUUUUUCCUGUUCCUGCCCGAGAAUUGUAUGGCUAGCGUUCAAAACAUAGGCAGAUUGAAACUGGGGUUCAAAGGGUCUCAGAUGACUUGGAUAGACAACAAUGGAAUGAUUCUGUUAUCCAACAAUUCGAAUUUCGCUUUCGGGUUCCAACCUACAGAAGAUGUCACUUUGUUUCUGCUUGUGGUGAUGCAUCAGAGCACCCAAACUCUGGUUUGGUCAGCUAAUAGAGCCUCCCCAGUCAGAAAUUCUGAUUACUUUUUGCUUGAUGAUACUGGGAAUGCCUAUUUGCAAAGUGGUGGAUCUACGAUUUGGGCGACGAAUACUGGCGGCAAAGGAGUUUCUGCAAUGGAAUUGAGGGAUUCUGGGAAUCUGGUUUUGGUGGGGAAUGAUAGUGGCAUUAUUUGGCAGAGUUUCAGCCAUCCUGUGGAUACUCUUCUGUCUAGCCAGGAGUUUAUUGAAGGGAUGAAGCUUGUGAGCAGUCCAAACCCCAAUAACUUGAGUUACUCCCUUGAGAUCAAGUCUGGUGAUGUGUUACUUUCUGCAAGUUUCAAACCUCCACAGCAGUAUUGGGCUAUGGGGAAUGACAACCGAAAGACGAUAAAUAAGGUUGCCGGAUCUGUUGUUUCUGCUAUCCUUGAUGCCAAUUCUUGGAAAUUUUAUGAUAGAAGCAAAGCCCUAAUCUGGCAGUUCAUUUUCUCGGACAAUACUGAUGCGAAUGCUACAUGGGUGGCAGUUUUAGGAGAGGAUGGUUUUUUAACUUUCAGUGUUCUUGGAAGUGGAGGUGCACCUGGAACUUCCUCAACAAAAAUACCAAAAGAUGAGUGUGGCAGACCGGCAGCUUGUGAUCCGUAUUUCAUUUGUUAUAAAGGCAUCCAAUGCCAAUGCCCUUCAUCGCUUCCGUCUUGCAAACCAGGGACUGCUUCGCUGUGCAAUAAACCCGAGUCUGUAGAGCUUGUUGAGGCCGGUGAUAGUCUUGGUUACUCUGCGCUUGGAUUUACUUCGCCCUCUUCAACAACUGAUUUGAACAGCUGCAAAACCUCCUGCCUCAAGAAUUGCUCGUGUGUUGCCAUGUUCUUUGACAACAGAACCGAGCAUUGUUUCCUGUUUAGCCAAAUCGGAAGCUUACAAGGAUCAGUUAGUGAUGGUGGGUUUAGUUCCUAUAUUAAAGUCCUGAGUAGCCGUGGAAAUGGAGGAAAUGGUGGAAAUGGUGGAAGUGGAAAGAAACACUUGGCUGUUAUCAUGGUCAUUGUCAUUAUAACAAUACUUGUUAUCCUUGGCCUAGUUUAUGCAGGUUUUCGCUAUUACAAGAAGAAAACGCAGAAUUUACCCGAAUCUCCCAAGGACAGUUCUGAAGAGGAUAAUUUCUUGCAGGGCUUAUCAGGGAUGCCUAUUCGGUUUACCUACAAAGACCUUCAAGAUGCUACUAAUAACUUCAGAGUUAAACUUGGACAUGGCGGGUUUGGUUCUGUUUACCUAGGAGUUCUUCCCGAUGGGACUCAGUUGGCAGUGAAAAAGUUGGAAAGCAUCGGCCAGGGAAAGAAGGAAUUCCGGGCUGAAGUUAGUAUAAUCGGCAGCAUCCAUCAUCUCCAUCUUGUGAGGCUUAAAGGCUUUUGUGCUGAAGGAGCUCACAAGCUUCUUGCUUAUGAGUACAUGGCGAAUGGAUCCUUGGAUAGAUGGCUUUUCAAGAAUAAUAACGAAUUCUUGUUGGAUUGGGAUACGAGGUUUAGUAUCGCACUGGGCACUGCUAAAGGUCUAGCUUAUCUCCACGAGGAUUGCGACGUAAAGAUUGUGCAUUGUGACAUUAAGCCUGAAAAUGUGCUACUUGAUGAUCAUUUCCAUGCCAAAGUCUCAGAUUUUGGUCUCGCUAAGCUCAUGACUCGAGAGCAGAGCCAUGUGUUCACCACACUAAGGGGAACUCGGGGAUAUCUUGCACCGGAAUGGAUCACAAACUAUGCCAUAUCCGAGAAGAGCGAUGUCUACAGCUACGGGAUGGUGCUACUUGAGAUAAUCGGGGGAAGGAAAAACUAUGACCCAUCACAAAGUUCCGAGAAAUCCCACUUCCCAACCUAUGCUUUCAAGAUGAUGGAAGAGGGGAAGUUGAAGGAUAUCAUUGACAUGAAACUUAGAAUCGAUGAGAACGACGAGAGGGCCGUGAGAGCUAUCAGAGUCGCCUUAUGGUGCAUACAGGACGACAUGUCCCUCAGACCUUCCAUGACAAAGGUAGUCCAAAUGCUCGAAGGCCUCUGCCCCGUCACUCCACCGCCAACUUUUUCUCCUCUUGGAAAUCGACUUUUCUCAAAUGUAUUUAAAUCUAUAAGUGAGGAGGGCACUUCAUCGGGGGCCUCAGCACCAUCGGAUUACAACAGCGAUACUUAUAUGUCUGCUGUUCGACUAUCAGGGCCAAGAUAACAGAUACGCCCUUCUUUGAUGAGUCAUUAUGUAUAGAUUUCGAGCCGGAAAACCCCAGACUUUCUUGCAUUUUUCCUCUUCCUUUUACUGUAAAUUACUGCUCAUUAGAUCACUAGGAGAGUUUUGCCAUACCUAGCAAUAGUAAAGCUUGGAAUUUCAGUAUGAACUGUUUGUCUUGUAUAUGAAUAUCAUUAUGCAUUAUUGACAUAAUAGAUAAAAAUGCCUUUGAUCAUUGA